UGUCCUACCCAGGGGUCCUCCCUCCUUAGCGCCUUCCUUCCCUCCCCUCCGCCGUUCCCACCCAGGUCUACAUCAGAUCGCCGAUCCGUGUCACGUGUUUUACUCCCGUACAAAUUUUCCAGUAGGAGAGCGAAUAGGCGCACACUCAUAACAGCAAUUAUCAGCGACAGUACCUAUCUCCAGAUAUACGCAGAGGAAGAAGAGCGCUCCAGUGAUCCCGGACUCCCCUUCCCCCUCCCCCUGGAAAAAAAUCAUUUUACUUUUGCUUACAUUUAUCUUCCACCACUUGUGAGCAACUUUAACGCACUAAAACCGAGAUAUUUGGAGAGGCUCGGCUGAGCUCCAUCGUCUGUCUGCGUGGGUACGAAGAGAGAAAGUUUGCCUACUGCGCUUGUCUGCUGAAAUUUUUGACUGGUAAAAGACCAGACUGCUUUAUCACCCGACCGUCCUUAUCUGGAUUCACAUCAAGGCACAAAAGUUCCUCAGGAGAGUGUGGAUGAGAUUUGUGGACAUCUCUGCAGUCCUGCGACAGGCUGAGGAAGCCCUCCCCGUGUUUUUCCAGUUUUCCGCCAGGAAGUAGAUUUUAAAGAGAGAAAAAUGUAUCAAAGCCUGGCCUUUUCUUCCAAUCAGUCCCAUUACACGCAUGACGCCGGGAAUUACAUCCAUCCCUCGGCCAGCUCUCCCGUCUACGUCCCUUCCACCAGAGUUCCUGCCAUGCUGCCCACCCUGCCCUACCUGCAAACCUGCGACUCGCCCCAUCAGUCUCACGGCCUCAGUGGUCAUCACGGCUGGCCCCAGGCCGGCACAGACGGCUCUUCCUUCACGCCCAGCAGCCCCCAUCCCUCACAUGGAUUCUCCUACUCGCACAGCCCGCCCGUGAGCACCAACACCGGGCGAGAUGCAACCUACCAGAGCCCGCUGGUUCUCGGAAACGGAGCUCGCUCUGACCAGUACGGAGGCGCUCUGGUGCGCUCAGUCGGAGGUUCCUACUCCAACCCGUACCCCUACAUGAGCCCCGAGAUGGCGACAUCCUCCUGGACACCGGGACAUUUCGAAAGCGGGGUGAUCAGCCUGCAGGGCCGACAAGGUGGUCUGUCGGGGAGAAGAUCCAGUCUGGACCUGAUAGACGACAUGCCCACGGAGGGCAGGGAGUGCGUCAACUGUGGCUCCGUGUCGACCCCGCUGUGGCGCAGAGACGGAACCGGGCACUACUUGUGUAACGCCUGCGGCCUCUAUCACAAGAUGAACGGCAUCAACAGGCCCCUCAUCAAGCCGCAGAAACGACUGCAGACCACAUCACGCCGGGCCGGCUUGUGCUGCACUAACUGCCAUACCAGCACCACCACACUGUGGAGACGCAACGCUGAGGGAGAACCUGUCUGUAAUGCCUGUGGCCUCUACAUGAAGCUACAUGGGGUGCCCAGACCUCUCGCAAUGAAGAAAGAGAGCAUUCAGACAAGGAAGCGGAAACCCAAGAUGCCCAAGAAUAAAACAUCCACAGGAUCUAUCACCUCUGACACCGGCUCCCCAACCUCCCUAUCAGUCUCAGAGCACGCUUCCACUAUUAAGAGUGAACCCAACAUGGCCCCGUCACCCUAUGCUGGACAGACUGUCACAUCUGCCACUCAGACUGCUUCUCAGUUGGACAGCACAGCCUCAGGACACGUGGACAUUAAAUAUGAGGAUUUUCCAUUUACUCCGACCUCCUUGGCUCCACAGAAUUCCUGGUGUGCGCUGUCUCAAGCAUGAACAAGCUCUGCCACAAGGGCAAUACUGACCCGACUUGACUGAUCAGUAAGGUUAUCCCACCAUCCUGAAACUUCUCCUUAACAACUCUGAAGCUGUGGAGGGCCAACAUAGUGGGUCAUAACCAGACAGUUAUGACCCACUGUUAUCAAAAGGGACUGUACAAUUUCAUUCUAAGGACAUCUAAUGUAUUUUCUAUAUUAUAUAUUGUAACACACUGGCUAUGUAAUGGAAGCAUAAACGGCUCUCCUGGACUGCAUUUUUGAAGGAUGCAUGUGAGCUUUCCAAAGACUCUGGACUGGCCCUGGCUUUUCUAAACUCAUAUCUAGCAACUUCAUUUUCUCAGAGGGACAACAACUACUACCUAUUGCUAAAAGAUAUUGCUGUUUUUGGGAAUAAUCUACACAGCAAACCAAUGCAAGGAUGAUUGAGUUUGAUUUUAUGAGCUUUAACUCCUUUAGCCCCCUUUUUUAUGACUUCCAUCCAACUUCGUGUGGGUCAUUCGUUGCUUCAGUCUGAAAUUGUCAGAGGGGAAAGCAAAGUUUGUUGUUAAUGGUUAUGCACAAAACAAGUUGGUUAGUUUUGGUCAAGAUCAUAUUUUUUAUUGCUUAAAAAAUGCUCCAGACUUUGUUUCUCGGGUGCCAAGUUCCACCUCUUCUAUAGGUAAGAAACACCUGGCACAUUUUAUAUGCAGUUAUUCAUAUAGCUAUUAAUGCUACUAAAGUUUAAAACCUAAGGGUCAUAGCAACUUGCAAAGACUACUCAUAACAGUUUCAUUCAUGUUCCUUACUGUCACUAAUGUGAUAAAAUGUCAUGGUUUUCUAUAAGGUUUUCAAGAACAUGUUUUCAUGUUGUUGUCACUGCAAGAAAGAAAUCCAGAAAAUGCCUUUAUGGCUGUUGAACAUGUCUCAUUCCCUUGUAGAUAAUUAACUUUUAUAGGCACAUUAUUUGUGUUGAGAUAAGGACUGUUAAAAGUCAUUGUAGACACUAAAACCAGCCAGUUAUGACCCACUGUUCUCCAUGUAGAAUGGCUUUUGUGCUGUAUGUGUCUAAGUGGUGAUGCUUAGAUUAUGGUAGAUUUAUUUUUACAAGAAACAGAAGAGAUAAAAUGCAUCCUGCAAGAGUUAUUUGAAAACCAGGAGCAGUCAUUUUAAUUCUGACAUGAUGACAUAUCAGAAUUUUUACCAUUUUACUGCUCUAAAAUUUGAUCUUAAUGAAAGUGCAAUUAUUUUUUUUCUUCAAAAAUCGAAGACAAAACAAAGUGUGAAAUUGUUGUAAACAUUAUUAUCUAAAUUUAUUAUCUGUGUUUUGUUAAUAUGUAAGGAACUGUUAUUUUGUUAGGAGUUGUUUUGGGUCUUUUUUCUUCAGUGCUCUUUGAAUCUGUUAAAUUUAAUAAAACUGAUUCAAAUUUUAAAAAUCUGAUGAAUGGAAUGAUUUUUGAAUGAAUCUUUAUUGUACAAUCGAACUGCCUGCUCAGCAUCACUCCAGUUUUAUUCAUGUAGGUGAAUAUUCUGAAAAUGUUUUCAACACUUUUAACUAUCAAUCAUAUUGGUGAAACUGUUCACCAACUAAAACAUUUAAUUAAAAUAAUUGAACCUACUCUAUUUUAGCUACUUAAUGAAAGUGUUACUACCGGUACUUACAGAUGUAUUAUUUUUAGUCGCAGUUCAGCCUGUUAGCCAUUACUUUUAUUUCUUACCAUUAUUAUUUCCAGCUAUUUCAACAGUCAAUCUCAAUACUUGUAGAUAUUUUUACUUUUUUAUAAACAUCAAUUUUUGGGUCAGUAUUUCAGGCUGUGGUCCAUAUUAAUAAAGUAAUGUUUGUAAAGUAAGUGUUAGUAAAACUGAAGCAGAAAUUGGGAAGUUUAAGCUGUUUUAAUCUGAUUUGACUUUAUUUUUUUCCUUUUAUUGUUACAAUGACCAUCAAAAGAAAAGUUAUUUUGAAACAUUUUGCCCAUUAACCAUCCACUGAACUGCCAAGAGGUAUUUUAUGGCCAGGGAUUUUAUACCACAUUGCAAGAUUUACUUUUAGCAAAGAGCACUCCACACUUUAGGUAUACAUGUCAAUUUUUUUACUGCCUUGCAAUACUUGUUGUAGGCAGUUGUGUGUAUUUGUGCAGGUAUUAGUCUACAGUGGGCCUAUGCAGACACACACAUGCUCCUGUGCAGUCCUCUAAAAACCCAACAUCGUGAAACUGUGUGUAAGCUGAUUUGCUGAAAGUAGACUGGAACAGAGACGGAAACCAACCAACAAUGGAAGAAAGAAAAAAAGAAAAACAAACAAACACAAAAAUACAGCAUGAAAAGCACAGAUAGUGGACACUUCAUUGUUUUUAACACUGUUUCCCCUCAGCUCUUCUCCAGGCCUGCCUGAAGGGCCAACGGCAACCUGAGGAACAGCAUCCCAAAGACUAAUUGUACCAUAUACUUUAGACACUGCCUCCAUCUGGCAAGAGACGUUCUCUGCAGGUAAAAGAGCCUGUCCAUAGCUCCCUACUGUCUGCCAACGCAGUGCCAACAGAGAACCAUAUUCAACACAUAAGCUGGAUCACCAGUGCAGUGAAUUGCUCAUUAUGAAAGGUGUCAGAAAACUGAGAGUUGGUUUACAGCUAUAUUGCUUUGAUUAUUUCUUAUGAUCUUUAUAAAUGCACACACAAAUGUGGAUUGCUCUAGUUUUAAUAAUCCAUAACUUUAUUUAUUUCUGCCAGCU